AGCAAAACAAAACAAACUGAAAUGCAACAUAUAAAAAACCAAUACCAUACAUUGGAAGCUUUUCAAAGAGCUUUUAAAUUGGAUUUUUUAAGGCUUUAUUCAACUUUUUCUCUCUAAUUCUGAUUUUGGUGCUGUUUAUGUUUAAUAUUGGCUAUGAUAUGUGACAAUGAAGACAUAAUUCCUGAACCCAGUUUUGUUUACAGAAAUAGGUAACACACAUAUUUUUUCUAAUUUUCCGAUGCUAUUAUCAACUUUUAAUUCUAUGGAAAUUCUUUGUUAUAAAUCUAAACCAGAUGAAGGAGCAGAAUUGUUUUGAGAAUAGUUUCAGCUCAUGAAACAAAGUGUUUCUGAAUAUAAAUCAGUGAUGGACUCAUGGUGGAAUUCUUCCAGAGAUGUGAAAGUUAAAACUUUAAAAAACUAAACUCAAUGUCUCAUGAAACGGGUUGCACAGUCUCUCAGCAAUUCAUGUACCUAAAAUCCUCUAUUUAAAGAAAUAUUAUGUGAUUGCAAAUUCAGUAAUGUGAGAAUUGGAUUGAAUUUCAAGUGAUCGGUAAUGAAUUGGAGUCCUAAACAUAACAAUAUAAUUUACCACAAACAAUAGAAUUUGGAGCCAAAAUGAUACCCCUGACUAUCACAAUCAUGAACUUUUUCAGUAUAUGACAACAACAGAAAAUGCCUUCUAUAAAGUUCACCCAUCCAAACAAUCACAGAGAAAUAUUGUUUUUGGCCUGCAAAUGCAAUGUAAACCAAACAAAACUGAGAAGAAGCAAAUGAGCAGAUAUUCUUUAACCUAUGUUUCCUCUUUCUCUGUGUAUAGGGAUAUGUGCAUUUUUGUGCAGCCUUUUUCAGUCCACUGAGUUGGAAUACAAAUUCCAUAAUUCCCAAUGACCAUGCCGGGUAGGACUAAUGGGAAUUAUAGUUGAAUAUAUUUAGAAGGCAUCAAUGUGGUAUGGCACAGUUUUACUCUUGUUUUUUAAAAAAAAUAGAAAUAAAUAUUAAUUUUUAACAUUAAAACAAAGGUUGCAAUAUUUGAUUACAUUAUUUACAAUUUCUCACUGCUUUCUUCUGUUUUAAAUAUAUUACUUCCGCCACCCAGCAAAAUUUGCUAUUUGAGCCAAAUUGGAGCAAUUCAAAGUUGUGUAGAAUGACAUGGAACAUUCUGCUCCGCUCUUCUUAAUGAUCAUUAACUUCCAUCUCUUCUGUGCUUCAUAACCCAACUGGGGCACACAUAGUUAAUUAAUAGAGAGGUUUACAUUUCCCUUCAGCUGCAUUCCCCUCCCUGAAGCUGAUCCAUGCUGAAGUCACAUAAAGCUUGCUUGUCCUGGCUUGCAACUACUUUAGCCUGAAAUCCUUGCGUGGCCAGGCUCCAGUACAUUAGGUUUGCUUUGUUUCUCUUUCAUUUCCCCUGCGACAUCUUGCAGGUUGCUUCCAAUGUGAGAAGCUAAGUUUCCUCUGACUUGAAUUUCACACUGCCCUUGAUUCAGAAAGAUUCUGAAUAUAGUCAUUUGCCAACUUUCUAUAGUUUUUCUUUUUUAUUUAUUCGCAGUUCCUUUGGACGCCUCAUCAGUCAUCUCUCCUCUCCUCUUUCACUUCUCUGCUGGUUUACCCUCUGGGGUUUCCCCCACCAUUGCUUUCCUGUGUGAAAAAACUUGAGAUUUGUUCGGUUUUGAUUUCUAAAACGUGUAAUGAUGAUUGGUUGCUUUUAUGGAGAUCCUGUGCUCUACCAAUUAUAGAGCUCUGUUUUUCAUUUUUGCAGAAUUUCCUUAACUGUGUGCCACGAGGCAACUGGGAACAUGCAGUGAGCAAUAUGUUGAAUGAUUAACUACAGCCAUGAGUUUGAAGCUUUUGGCCAUGCAGGGAACUAUCACCUCUCUACAUUAGCUGCAGUUGCAUCAUCAGUCUUUAGGAGAAGUGAAUGUGCUGCCUCUCUGUGAGAGUCAAUAGCCUCUCUUGUUUUCCAACCCUGCCACUGUCAAAUUUUUGGGAGUCUGCUAUCUUUCCCUUUCUUUUUAGGUCUCAUCAGUAUUCAGACUGGGAACAUGCAGAUGAUGUCAAACUAUUUAACACUACCAACAAUACAGCUACCCUUCAAAAAGACCUUGACUUUGUGUCAGAAUGGUCAAAAACUUGGCAACUCCAAAUCUCAACCAGAAAAUGCUCUGUCUUACACAUUGGAAAAAAGAAUACAAACAUUAAAUACAAACUCGAUGGACAUUACCUUACAGAUGACCCCCACCCUGUCAAAGACCUUGGAGUUUUCAUAUCCAAUGAUCUAAGUGCCAAAUCCCACUUCAACUACAUCGCAAAAAAGGCUUUAAGAGUUGUAAACCUAAUCUUACGUAGCUUCUUCUCCAGAAACACUACACUACUUACCAGAGCUUAUAAAACAUUUCCUAGACCAAUUCUUGAAUACAGCUCUCCUGUCUGGAACCCAUACCACAUUUCAGACAUCAAUACAAUUGAACGUGUCCAGAAAUAUUUUACAAGAAGAGUUCUCCACUCCUCUGAAUACAACAAAAUACCUUAUGCCACCAGAUUUGAAAUCUUGGGUUUAGAAAACUUAGAACUCCGCCACCUUCGACAGGAUCUGUGUUUAACUCAUAGAAUCAUCUAUUGCAAUUUCUUUCCUGUUAAAGACUACUUCAGCUUCAAUCACAACAAUACAAGAGCAAACAAUAGAUUUAAACUUAAUAUUAACCACUUCAAUCUUGAUUGCAGAAAAUAUGACUUCUGUAACAGAGUUGUUAAUGCUUGGAACACACUACCUGACUCUGUGGUCUCUUCUCAAAAUCCCCAAAGCUUUAACCAAAAACUGUCUACUAUUGACCUCACUCCAUUCCUAAGAGGUCCGUAAAGGGCGUGCAUAAGAGCACAAAUGUGCCUACCGUUCCUGUCCUAUUGUUUUCUUUCAUUAUAUCCAAUUAAUAUAGUUAUUGCAUGCUUAUGCUUAUAUAUAUAUAUACGCUUAUAUAUUAUAUAGUUAUUUUCAUGCUUAUGCUUAUAUAUACUGUUGUAACAAAAUAAAUAAAUAAAAAUAAAAUGGAAAUAAGGAAACAAGCAGCUGUUUUCCUUUAUUAUAGAAAAAAAAAUCUCUUAAUUAUUGUGUCCUGACUUCACGAGGGAAUUGUCUGUAGUCAAUAGAAUUGCUGUAUUUUAAAGACAUUAGAUAAGAUUGUUAAUCAAAACCCAAGGAAAUCCCAAAGGGCAAGAGUUAGACCCCAGGGGAAUUAAGAUAGGCCUUGAUGGACAAAUCAAAACAUUAAAACUCAGAGAUUGUAUAAUUGUCAUAUAAGCAAAAAGUAGAUGUUGAAAGUUUAUAAAAUAAUACUUAUAGUAGGAAAAAAUAUUUUAAGUGCACAAACAGCGCAUAAAAAAAAUAAAGCUGAUGCAUCAAUAUACAAAAGAAGCACAAUUGGUCACAAUUACCCUGAAUCAAUUUCCUAUCUUGAUCAAUUUCCCUGAUCAGUUUACAUAGUAUGCAUUAUUGCUUUUUUGCUUUGCCCCUUGAUCUUUGAAAUAUCUUCAUUAUAAUGUCAGAGAAAUCUAAUGAUGAUAUUUAGGCUUUUUAAAAAAAAUCAGAUACUUAAGUAUGUUCUUCAGGAGCAGAUGAAUUAGUGAUGGACUGGCUAUAGUUUCUCCAUGGUGGAGAAGCUCUUGAUAGACAUGUUAUGACUAGCGGUAGUUGACUAACUGCUUUGACGGCUGAUAGAUGAGGUAAAUGUAAAGUUUUGAGAAACAGUCAGAACAUGAUGUCCCAGGAAUUAUAUAACAGUUGGCCAGGAACAAACAAUUCCUUUUUGUUCUCUUCUUUUGCAAAGCUAACCUGCACAUUUUCAGGGCCACCCAUAAUCCUCAUGCCUUUUUACAAGUGUAGUGUGAAACAGGUAAAAGUUGAGGUGAUGGUGGGAGAGGACCAA